UCGUCAGAGCUUCUUCUUCUUCUUCUUCUUCUUCUUCUUCUUCUUCUUCUUCCUCCUCUACAAAAAGCUUAUUCUUCGGUUCUGCAAAAUUCUUCCAUUCCAACUCUCCACCGAGUUUCUGCUUUUCUCUGGCUUCAUUUUUGUAUCUGUCUACUUGUGAAUUGAGGCUUGCGUUCAAGCAAACGGCAAUGGGCUGUGUUGGAUCGUCGCAGACCAACGGAGAUGGAUCCACAAAGAAGAUACGCAAGCCAAAACCUUGGAAGCAUCCUCAGCCAAUUACAAGGUCUCAGCUCACGCAGCUACGGGAUGAGUUUUGGGACACUGCACCUCACUAUGGCGGCCGAAAUGAGAUUUGGGAUGCACUACGAGCAGCUGCUGAAGCAGAGCUAUCUCUAGCGCAAGCAAUCAUAGACAGUGCUGGGGUCAUCGUUCAAAAUGCAGAUUUAACAGUUUGUUACGAUGAGAGAGGUGCCAAAUAUGAACUGCCCAAAUAUGUUUUGAGUGAACCAACCAAUUUGAUUCGUGACAGUUCAUAAAGAGAGCUGAUCGAUUUAAUGCAUUCAUUGCGAUCUCUUGGGUUCCAUUAACUUCCUGUAAGAUGCUUUUCUCAAAAUGGUCAAAGUGCAACAUCCCUUUUCACAUUUCUUGUACAAAAAAAAAAAA